ACUACCAUCCUGCACAACGAAAAAGCUAAGCAAAUUGUCACACCCCUCUCUCCUCUCUCUACUACUUUUCCUGUGUGCUGCUUCCCUCCACUUAUAUGCUUCUUAGUUCUUGUUAUCACUCUAUAAGUAGACUGCCAGUUCUCCCAACAUCUCCAGCAUCUCUCUCUCUCUCUCUCUCUCUCUCUCUCUCUCUCUCUACUUUCUGUAUACUUGUUAUUUUGGAAGGAGGGAUGGGCGAAGCAGCUGUGCAGGAUGUCUACUUCAUCAAUGGAAGCUCUGAGAAGGAAAAGCAGAAGUGGUACGAGGAAGAAGUCGACGAUGAUCUUAAGCUGUGCUACUCUUUGAACAGUGUUCUUCAUAGAGGGACGAGCAAAUACCAAGACAUAGCUCUACUUGACACCAAGCAUUUUGGGAAGGCUCUAUUGAUUGAUGGGAAAAUGCAGAGCACAGAGAUGGAUGAGUUCAUCUACCAUGAAUGCUUGAUUCAUCCUGCCUUAUUAUGCCACCCUAAGCCAAAAGCGGUUUUUAUUAUGGGAGGUGGGGAGGGGUCCGCCGCAAGAGAGGCACUCAAGCACAGAACCAUUGAGAGAGUUGUAAUGUGCGACAUUGAUGAGGUGGUGGUGGACUUCUGUCGGCGCCAUCUGACUGCGAACAGCGAGGCCUUCGCCAAUGAGAAGCUUUGCCUCGUCAUCAAUGAUGCCAAGGCGGAAUUGCAGAAGAGAGAAGAGAAAUAUGAUAUGAUUGUGGGAGAUCUGGCUGAUCCUAUGGAGGGAGGUCCAUGCUAUCAGCUCUACACUAAAUCCUUCUACGAGAAAGUCCUCAAGCCCAAACUGCAGCACCAUGGCAUCUUUGUUACUCAAGCUGGACCGGCUGGGGUUCUCACGCACAAAGUGGUCUUCUCAUCAAUAUAUAAUACCUUACGGCAUGUCUUUAAAUAUGUGAUUGCCUAUACAGCUCACGUGCCAUCUUUUGUUGAUACCUGGGGAUGGGUAAUGGCAUCUGAUCAGCCAUUUGAGCUGAAUGCUCAACUAAUAAACGAAAGGAUUGGUGAGAGGAUAAAUGGAGAGCUUCUUUAUUUGAAUGGAGAGUCGCUGGUGUCCUCCACCAUCAUGAACAAAAGUGUGCACCAAUCGCUAUUGAAAGAAACUCAUGUCUACACUGAAGAGAAUGCAAGAUUUAUUCAUGGUCAUGGGAGAGCUUGUUGUGCUUGACCUCUUUCUCCUCUCAAACAAAACAAAAUGGCAGGCAUCUAAUAGGCUCUCUUUACAUUCUCCAUGCAAGGACCUAUCAAAAAAGUUACCACAGAAUGUCUUAUCUUGACAUUUUUUUGCCUUUUUUCUUACACAACUGUGUCUAAAUGUGUUGGUUGUGAGUCUUCUAAUUAAUAAUAGAAGCAAAGAACCCCAAUAAAUUGAUGAGCAACCGGUUACUCUUUUUCUUCUU